AGAUUGUGGUGAAUACCCACCGUACAGGAAAGGGGCAAGGGGGCAAGCUGCCUAGUGCCUAUCUGUUACUUGUAAUUUUGUCAGAACCAAAAUAUCAGCCAGUAGAGGCUAUAUGAUAUAUAUAUAUUCAUGCCAAUUUCAUUCAUUUUGCAGAAAACCAGCACCGCUGUGCUGCUGCAAGCCUGCAAGAAAUACAAAUAUUAAUAUCCCCACAAACAGAAAUAAUAGAACCUCGAAAAGCCAUGGGAGGCACAGCAAGAACCCUCCUUUCCACCACUCUCUCCUCAUGCCUCUUCACUCUCUCUCGCCUCUCGCCAGCACCCAAACGCUUCCCACUCCUCAAACUGCCCAAAUCCACUAGGGUUUUUCGAGGGUUUAGGCCUCUAUGCACCGCCAUCACUACCACUACCACUCCCACUACCCCCACCACUGAACCAGAGCAAAUGAAGCACUCAAUUCUCCUUGAGAGGCUGAGGCUCAGACACCUCAAGGACUCUCCCAAUCCCCCACAGACAAGAAAUCCAAAACCAGUCAGUACUGCUGUGAGUGAAAAUGAGGAUGGGCCCAAGGGGAAGAAGAAGGAGAAGAGGGUUGUUGGGAAUUUUAGAGAGUUGGGUCUGAGUGAGGAGGUCAUGGGGGCUGUGAGGGAGAUGGGUAUUGAGGUUCCUACUGAGAUUCAGUGUAUUGGGGUCCCUGCUGUCUUGGAAGGGAAGAGUGUGGUUUUGGGUUCUCACACUGGGUCUGGCAAAACUCUGGCUUACAUGCUGCCCCUUGUUCAGUUGUUGAGACGGGACGAGGAAUUGUAUGGUAUACUAAUGAGGCCCAGGCGUCCUCGAGCUGUUGUACUAUGCCCCACAAGGGAGUUAUCUGAGCAGGUAUUUCGGGUUGCAAAGUCUAUCAGCCAUCAUGCACGGUUCCGUUGUACAAUGGUAAGUGGUGGGGGCCGGCUAAGACCCCAGGAGGAUACAUUAAAUAACCCAAUCGAUAUGGUAGUUGGGACCCCUGGUCGGGUUCUUCAACAUAUUGAAGAGGGAAACAUAGUGUACGGUGACAUUAAAUACGUGGUGUUGGAUGAGGCUGACACCAUGUUUGAUCGUGGCUUUGGUCCUGACAUUCGGAAGUUUCUUGUCCCAUUAAAAAAUCGUGCAUCAAAGACUGAUGGCCAAGGGUUUCAAACUGUUUUAGUUACUGCAACAAUGACAACGGCAGUGCAAAAGCUGAUUGAUGAGGAAUUUCAAGGCAUUGUACAUUUGCGCACAUCAACACUGCAUAAGAAAGUUGCAUCUGCUCGUCAUGAUUUCAUCAGACUUUCAGGUUCUGAAAACAAGCUGGAAGCUUUAUUACAGGUUCUGGAGCCAAGUUUGGCAAAGGGGAAUAGGGUGAUGGUGUUCUGUAACACACUAAAUUCUAGCCGUGCUGUGGAUCACUUUCUGGAUGAAAAUCAAAUUUCUACAGUGAAUUAUCAUGGCGAGGUGCCUGCGGAGCAAAGGGUUGAAAACCUCAAGAGGUUUAAAAGCGAUGAUGGAGAUUGCCCCACAUUGGUGUGCACAGACUUGGCUGCCAGGGGACUCGACUUGGAUGUAGAUCAUGUUAUCAUGUUUGAUUUUCCCUUGAACUCUAUUGAUUACCUUCAUCGCACGGGAAGAACUGCUCGUAUGGGUGCAAAAGGAAAAGUGACAAGUUUGGUUGCUAGAAAGGACAUCUUGUUAGCCACCCGAAUAGAGGAGGCCAUAAGGAAGAAUGAAAGCUUGGAGUCUCUUACUGUAGAUAAUGUUCGGAGGGACGUUGCCAGGGCCCGAAUAACUGGGAAGAUUGGGAUGAAAGCUAAUUCAGCCAAGCUUUCAAGUCAGAACAGCAGGGUUGCAGUGACUUAUCAAAAAAAGAACAGCAAGGUUGCAGUGAAAGCUACAAAGGCAUCUCCAGCAAAAUCUUCCAAGCCAGCAGUUCAGGUUUCUAAGUCGAGAAAGUCAUCCAGUGCCAGUACCUCCAGAAAAGCAUCUUCAGUUGGGAAGAAGCAAACAGGCAGCAAAAAGUCCAGCUCUGUUAAAUCUAUAGCUUCGAAACUAAGUGUUGUUGGGUUCAGGGGGCGCACUUCUUGGUCUGAUAAGAAAAAAUCAUUGAAGUCCAGUUGAAUGUAGUUAAACUUUGGAUUAAAUUUGCAAUUUGAGUUUUUGCACAUUAAAGUAAGCUUUGCAUGUGAAUUAUUAAUUUUGGUAUUAAUAUCACUCUUACAGGGUUCUACUAA